CAAGCACGCAGUACCCAUUCCUGCCCUGAACGAAUUAUAAACCGGUACUUGGUUUAUCAACGUUUAACUGCUCAAUUUAGACGAAGGAGACGUGCAAAUACGGCUUUUUGUUUUUUCUUGCUCUUGUUUUUUGCAUUCCGUUCAUCGUCAAGCAACGGAUUUGGCACCGACAAACAUGCCGCACACCAAAGCAGUAGACGAGGGGCAGACGAGGCAAGGUGACCGGAAAACCACAACUAAGAAGCCAAGCCUUCAGCUCGUCAGGGGCACUCCGUUCGCACCAGCUUUUCUUCGCGAGUGCAUCGAGUCGGCCAUGGACUACGCGCACAGAGAGGGCGACCUGUUCAUCGUCACCUACAUGAAAUGCGGCACCACGUGGUUGCAACACAUCGUGUACCUCAUCCAAAACGGCGGCCUCCGGUCAACGCGGCCGAGCUCUACGGCGCGUCCCCGUACCUCGAGGCCUGCGGCGCGGAGUGCGUCCGUUGGACGACGGGACCCGGCGCCAUCAAGAGUCACCUGCCACUGCAUCAAACGCGGUACUCGCCAGAGGCGCGCUACAUAGUCGGGAUCAGGAACCCUUUCGACGCGGUGGUGUCGUUGCACCACUUUUGGCGCAUGAUAUCGUCUUACGAGUACGACGGGGACUUCGACGACUCCUUCGAGAACUUCGUGGCGGGUACCGUCGACAGCGGGGACUACUUCGACUUCUACAAAGGCUGGUGCCGUCGCAUCGAUGAUCCCAACGUGCUCUUUCUCGUCUACGAAGACAUGAGGAAGGACCCCGAGGCAGCCGUGCUGAAGGUCGCGAAGUUUCUCGGGCCCGAGUACGAGGAGAGCCUGCUGGCCGACGACGGCAUGGUUCUCAAGGACGUGCUCAGGUACAGCAGUUUCGAGGAGAUGAAGAAGUACACUAACAAGAUGAUAUACGACUUCUACGAAGGGGAGUUCCCGUUCCGAGGAGAAGAGUACAGAGGUCUUUGCCACGUACACGAAACCGUUCGCAACGGUUGCGGCUCUGCCGGUGGUGGCGGCACCGGAAGUUCGGCGGACAAGAUAGACUACGUGCGCAAGGGAGUCGUCGGCGACUGGAGGACCUAUUUCUCCAGCGAACAAGUGAGGCGGAUGAGUGAGAAGUUCCAGCGAGAAACCUGUGACACCGUAAUUGCCUACCUGUGGCCAGAGCUGAACAUUGGCAGCCGAGAGAGUGAGAGAGUACUUGAUGGCCGUAAACUGUGAAGUUUUUCUUUCUUUUUUUGUUUUGUCUCGUGAGUGUUAUAUGAUCAGUGGUGUAUAGCGCUCACGUGAAACGUCCCAUGGCGUGCAUCAAUUGAUCGGCACGGUUGUUGUUUGUUCCUUCGCAAAUGGCGCAUCCAUCGGCACGGUGCGGUGAAGUGUCCCUAAUACCGUGACUAUACUAACUGCGAUCUGUUAGUGAGAGAGAAACAGAAAGAAUUAUAGACACCUGGUAUAUGUACAGAGUUCCAGAAGUGCAAGAUCGACGCUGUGACGUACGUAAAAAGUAAUGAAAAGAACUGUCCGAAAACCUAGAAGUAAAAAAAAUGUUAUAGAAGAUGUCAUUUGUAGAAUAGACAAAAACAUUAUCGUUAUAUGGCAGCGCGUUCGUAUGAAUGAUAAGCAUGCCUCCUCAAGUGGAACUUGUCUGAAUCAAGAUGUAUACAGCUGCUGAGCAUGAAUACAUUGCGAAACCUAUGUAUUCUUCAAGUACAGUUAAAGGUAGCAUUAGAUGGUCGAGUUUAUUGGCGGUGUUUACCGAAAACAUGUAACUAGAAGUGACUACGAAAACAUGUUGACUAAGACGUUACCUUGUCGCUUCUGACGUUUGUAGUACGGCAAAGCAUGGCGUCCGCGAUCGGUUUUCAUUAAUC